AAAGAGCGCGCGCCCGAGCCAGCAGAGAGACACACAUCGAGGCAGCUUCCCGAGCAGUAGCUGUUCCUGAGGAGGAAUAAGUGGUGAAUUGUGUAGCCUGUCAAAAGACUUCAAAUAAAUCCAGACUCGCGUAGAUCGCGCAUUGGAACAAAUGGAUAAUGGAGACUGGGGAUAUAUAAUGACUGAGCCAAUCACUCUAAAUGUGGGUGGACACUUGUAUACAACAUCGCUCACUACUCUCACGAGGUAUCCUGAUUCGAUGCUGGGGGCCAUGUUCAGAGGAGACUUCCCCACUGCCAGAGACUCUCAGGGCAAUUACUUCAUUGACAGGGAUGGACCACUUUUCCGGUACGUUCUCAACUUUUUACGGACAUCAGAGCUGACUCUGCCUCUGGACUUCAAGGAAUUUGAUCUGCUUCGAAAAGAAGCAGAUUUUUAUCAGAUCGAGCCCUUAAUACAGUGUCUUAACGACCCCAAACCUUUGUAUCCCAUGGAUACCUUUGAGGAGGUGGUGGAGCUUUCCAGUACACGCAAGCUUUCAAAAUACUCUAACCCGGUGGCAGUGAUCAUAACACAGCUAACCAUCACGACCAAGGUCCAUUCAUUGCUGGAAGGCAUCUCCAACCAUUUUACUAAAUGGAAUAAGCAUAUGAUGGACACGAGAGACUGUCAAGUUUCUUUCACAUUUGGGCCAUGCGAUUACCACCAAGAAGUGUCUCUCCGAGUCCAUCUGAUGGAAUACAUCACAAAGCAAGGCUUCACCAUCCGAAACACGAGGGUCCACCACAUGAGUGAACGAGCCAAUGAAAAUACGGUCGAACACAAUUGGACUUUCUGUAGACUGGCACGGAAGACUGACGACUGAUUUCCCCUUCUUUCCCUGCCUUUGGUUUACUCCCCGGAAGCGAAGUAGCAGCUUCUCAGGACAAUGGAUUGGAGACCAGAGCCUGGCUUUGACUUAAACAACAUUGCAGGCUCUCUUUAUUUUUAUUUUGUUAUGAAUAUUUAUUAUUUGCUUCUUAAGGACUGGAGAACAGACAUACUCUGACCUCUCAUGUCUUUUGUCUUGUAAGAAACGUAUGCAUGUGCCUGCUCAGACUGUCAAGACACUUUUUAAAAACAAAGGAUGAAGCAAGUGGACAUUCUUAGAAAAACUGCAAAAAUAACUACAUAAGGACAACUUUUUCUGUGGUGUUUAUACAAUACAGUGUAAAGUGCUAAAAAUCACCUACUGGUUUAAACUGUGUUUAAUCCAACUGGUGCUAUAACAAACCUCUGGGACCAAAAUGGAGGAUCAAAUCCAGCAUGAAUAUGUCCUGCACAAGCCACACUGAAAGGAACCUGGAACAGUGCAACAGGAGCUUGUGUAGACGUUCCCUCUGGACUGUAGCCAGAAUGGUUAAGGUGCCCUUGGAAAGCUACCAUCAUGUAAUCUAACCUAGUUUUCUUAAAUCAGUAAGCAAAGCAGUGUUGUAAUAAUUUAUUUACCAUCAAACCUCUUGAGAGCAAACCCUGCCCCUGGUUUCAUUUUCAAAAGUAUGGUAUUUUACAGUUAUGGUGACUGUUCCCCCUUCCUAUGCAUUAUAAAUCAAGCAACCAAAUAUUAUCUGCAGCUCUGAAAAUGCAAUUAGAAGUAUUUAUAUUGGAUUCUGAAUGCAAAAACAUCCCUGUGGUAGAAUUCUUUUAUUUUUUAAUGCCUGGUGCAAUAUUAUUCCCAAGUGUAAUGCUUGCCAGCAAGAAGCUAAUAAAAACAUGAA